CUACCACCAAGUUUUUCUUUAAAUAACUUAUAUCAUGUCUGCUCCAGCUCUUAACUACAAAGUCGCCGACAUCUCCUUGGCCGCCUUCGGCAGAAAGGACAUCGAAUUGUCCGAAAACGAAAUGCCUGGUUUGAUGCACAUCAGAAAAAAGUACGGCCAAGACCAACCUUUAAAAGGUGCUAGAAUCGCCGGUUGUUUGCACAUGACCAUCCAAACCGCUGUUUUGAUCGAAACUUUGACAGCUUUGGGGGCCGAGGUCACCUGGACUUCCUGUAACAUUUUCUCCACCCAGGACCACGCUGCUGCUGCCAUUGCUGCUUCUGGUGUCCCAGUGUUUGCUUGGAAGGGAGAAACUGAAGAAGAAUACUUGUGGUGUCUUGACCAGCAAUUGUUCGCUUUCAAGGACAACAAGAAGUUGAACUUGAUCUUGGAUGAUGGUGGAGACUUGACCUCUUUGGUCCACAAGAAGUACCCUGAAAUGUUGGAAGGCUGUUUCGGAUUGUCUGAGGAAACCACCACCGGUGUUCACCACUUAUACAAGAUGUUGAAGGAAGGAGACUUGAAGGUCCCAGCCAUCAACGUUAACGACUCGGUCACCAAGUCCAAGUUCGACAACUUGUACGGAUGCAGAGAAUCUCUUAUCGAUGGUAUUAAGAGAGCCACCGACGUUAUGAUUGCCGGUAAGACCGCUGUGGUUGCUGGUUUCGGUGAUGUUGGUAAGGGUUGUGCCAUGGCCUUGAGAGGAAUGGGAGCCAAGGUGAUUGUCACCGAAAUCGACCCUAUCAACGCUUUGCAAGCUGCUGUUUCGGGUUACGAGGUGUUACCAAUGGAAGAGGUUGCGUCUGUGGGACAAAUCUUUGUCACCACCACCGGUUGUAGAGAUAUCAUCACAGGAGAACACUUCUCCAAGAUGCCAAAUGAUGCCAUUGUUUGUAACAUUGGUCACUUUGACAUUGAAAUCGAUGUGGCCUGGUUGAAGGCCAAUGCCGAAUCGGUGGUGAACAUCAAGCCUCAAGUCGACAGAUUCUUGUUGAAGAACGGUAGACACGUGAUCUUGUUGGCCGAAGGUAGAUUGGUCAACUUGGGAUGUGCCACUGGUCACUCCUCGUUCGUGAUGUCCUGUUCUUUCUCCAACCAGGUGUUGGCUCAAAUCGCUUUGUUCAACUCCAAGAACCUCGAAUUCAGAAGCAAGUACCCAGAAUUUGCCAAGGCUGGUGACUUCGAUGUUGGUGUCCACUUGUUGCCAAAGAUCUUGGACGAAACCGUCGCCAGAUUGCACUUGGAUCACUUGGGAGUCAGAUUAUCUGCCUUGAGCAAGGUCCAAGCCGAAUACUUGGAUAUUGCGGUGGAAGGUCCUUUCAAGGCUGAUAUCUACAGAUAUUAGGCUACCUUUGCGUUUUUUGUACUGCUUGAUUUUUGUUGUUCUCCUUGCAUCAACUGCAUAAUGACUUAAUGACUUGACUUAUCUUUGAUUGGGUUAAAGGUAUAUUAUAAAUUAAUAAACAAUUCCUCAACGGACCAACCGUA